UACUUGCCAGAUUGAAAUAAACAAACGUGUUUGUGUUUUGAUGGUGCUUUAAAACUGCAGUUUUGUAUAUAGAUUUAAUUCUAUGAACUUGUCAGUUUCGAAAGAAAGCAAUAAAAAUUGUUGCUUCUUAAGCGCCAUAUUUUCUGUUGUAUAAAUCCCCUUCCCCAAACAAGUAUGUUAUCUAGAGUACAGUUUAUAGCCUCUGGUCCUUGGUCUUGCACAUUUCGAAAUGUACCAUCCUUUUCCAAUCGACUUUCCUGCACAAAAGAAAUGGCUGUUUUUUUCAAACAAUCUUUGUGUCUAGGCGUUCAUGAUACUUUUCGUUGGAAGAGCUCAAAUUCAAACCAAAACUCUUCAGUACCUGAAGUAAAAGAAAAUGAAAAUACAGAACUUACCAUAGGAGGAAAAGUCAAACAGACCGCCAAAGAUGCAAGCUAUCUUGGUAUUAUUAUUGCUGGAAUUGGUGUGACAGGUAUAAUGUUUUAUGCAAUACUGAGAGAGUUAUUUUCUGGACAAAGCCCUAACUCCAUAUACACAGAUGCUUUAAAGAUAUGUCGAAAUGAUAUUCAAGUUGCUGAUACUCUUGGAGAACCAAUAAAAGGAUAUGGUGAAUUAUCUUCUAGGGGAAGACGAAGACAUGUUAGUCAUCUCAAGUAUGAAAAGGAUGGUAAAAAUUAUAUGCGGAUGAAAUUCUAUGUGGAAGGAAGUAGAAGAAAGGGAACUGUUCACUUAGAAGUGGUUGAAGGUAAAAAAGGUAGUUAUGAAUACCGAUAUUUGUUUGUUGAUCUAGAUGGAUUUCCACAGAAAACAAUUAUACUAAAAGACAACAGGCAUUUGUACGGUAGCAAUGAAACUGUAGAACUGUGAUUGUGAUUUGGAAAUGUAUAUAGCUCUUUCAAAUUCCUGGAAGAAGAUAUGAGAUAGUCUGUGAUGGACCUGAAAAAUUAAAUUUAAAUGUUAUCGAAAAUUAUAUUAAGUGUAAAAAUUCAUUUUAACUUAAAGGAGAUUUUGUAAGAGUUGGCUGAAGCUUUUAGGUUAGAAAUGAAAGUCUUAGGUAAAUAGGAAGGGUCAUCAAGACCUUCGUUUUCGAUUAAUUUAAAUUCUGGUGGAGGAAAAUGUAAGGAUUUUAUGUUGAUUAAACAAUUAUCAUGAUUUAAA